CCUUCCUCAUAAGAACAAGGUGAUUCUUCCUCCUUAGAACAAGACGAUUCCUCCUUCCUCAUAAGAACAAGGCGAUUUCUCCUCUGUCACCAGAAUAAGGCGAUUCCUCCUCCAUCAUAACAACCAGGCCAUUCCUCUUCCCUUCUCAGAAUAAGAACAAGGUGAUUCUUCCUCCCUCAUCAGAACAAGACCUGAUAAGAACAAGGUGAUUCCUCCUCCCUCAUCAGAACAAGACCUGAUAAGAACAAGGUGAUUCCUCCUCCCUCCUCAGAAUAAGAACAAGGCGUAAAGCGUAACAGAAACGUGUCACUGUCCAGAACAAUGGCGACGGUUUGCUUAAAACACCCCAAGUCUCCUGCGAACGUUCUGUGUAGGAAAGACCAAGCGCUGUUCUGCGCCCAGUGUUAUAUUGACGGCGACCACAGGGAGUGUGGCGACGUUAUUGACGUUAAUGCCAUCAAAUCACGGAACGGACAGCUGGCCGUUGAGAUGAUAAUAAUGCAACAAGAAGCGAGGAGAAAACUUCAGCUCCGCGAAACGUUUGAGGAAGAAGUCAAGGCUGAACAGAUGAAAGUUGAAGAAAAGAUGAAUGAAUAUUUAAAUUCACUUUAUUCCAAGUUAGAUGAGUUCAAAGCAAACAGCGAGGUAGAAGCUAAAAGGGAGUUCGGUAAACAUUUGAGAAAGGUUCAAAGGGAGAAGAGAGACGUUCAGUCGCUGCUGGAGGAGUUGGACACAGCGGUGGACGAGGCUCUGGCUGUUGGUCCGAACCAGCCGCCCGGCCUAGCGGAGGGUGUGAAACGGCGCGCCGUCAAGGAACUGUUGCACGUGGAUGAUGGGCAGCUGGAGGCCAGCGGGCGUCUCAUGCUCGCGGACCACCUCCACCACAUCCUCCAGGACAAGGUCCCCGCAUUCGGCACGUACCACCUCCACACCCAGUUGACCAAAAUGUAAACGACGGCAACACAAAUAGUUUGUAUAAGGACUAUCUGUUAUGGCCAAUUAAGUCAACGUUAUUUACCCAAUUACAUGAUAUGAUAUUACAAAGCAUUUACAAUUUUAGUCAUGGACGAAAUCCAAAAAUAUGUAUAAGUUAUUGGUUAUUCUCAAUGGAAAUAAAACAUUUAAGCCUAGCGCGAAGAUCAUAACGUAUACUAAUGGUUAAAAUAUUUUAUCUAUAAUGACAAUGAACACCAAUGAGUUGAAGUAAGCAUUCAAUUCUGUAAGUUCAUAGAUUUUGACA